AUGCUUUUGAUAUAGAAAUGCUAUUCCAACGGGGCACAUCGUCUCAUCGGCUAGGCUAGCUGGUCACGGUGGGGAAAAAAAAUAACUGGCCGCUCGCAGGGAUUCUCGUUAUCAUUUGCGUGACGCUCUCAGACAUUGAAUAUUUGUUAAAGGAGAGUAGAAGAGGUGGUCAUCAGCAAGCAGGUCUACAGAGAAGUAUCAGAGCCUUUGAAGUUGCAAGCUUUGAUGCAGUACAGUGUACUGAGUGCAAGAUGGCGGAAGAGGUGAUUGUCAUCGCCAAGUUCGACUACAUGGCCCAGCAGGACCAGGAGCUGGACAUAAAGAAAAACGAGCGCCUCUGGCUCCUCGACGACUCCAAAUCCUGGUGGAGGGUUCGAAAUGCCACCAACAAAACAGGCUUUGUGCCGUCCAACUAUGUGGAGAGGAAAAACAGUGCCAGGAAAGCUUCUAUUGUCAAGAAUCUCAAAGACACACUCGGAAUCGGGAAGGUGAAGAGCAGAAAGGGGGGCAUGCGAGACACGGCCUCCAACGCCGACACGGACACGGGUGCCGAUAACAGCGAGCGGCUGUACGACCUCAACCUGCCCGCGCUGGUCAAGUUCAGCUACACGGCGGAGCGCGAGGACGAGCUGUCUCUGGUGAAAGGCACGCGGGUCGUGGUGAUGGAGAAGUGCAGCGACGGCUGGUGGCGCGGCAGCUACAGCGGGCGGUCUGGCUGGUUCCCGUCCAACUACGUGACGGAGGACAUGGACGGGACGGCGGGCGGGGGCACCGGGGGCCUCGGGGACCCGGCCGGAUCGCUCUCGGAGAAGCUGGCGGCCGCGGUGCACGGCAGCACCAACGGGAGCCGCGUGCUGCACACGGUGCAGGCCCUCUACCCCUUCAGCUCGGGCAACGACGAGGAGCUGAACUUUGAAAAGGGCGAGGUGAUGGAGGUCGUGGAGAAGCCCGAGAACGACCCGGAGUGGUGGAAGUGUCGCAAGGCGGACGGACAACUGGGCUUGGUGCCGAAAAACUACGUCACCGUGCUGGACUCCGCCGCCCACAAGUCCGCAGCGGGGCCCGCCGGGCCGCCCACGCCCGACUGCGACUACAUCUCGCCCUCGAGCAUCGGGCGCUUCGCGGGGAAGGAGUGGUACUACGGGAAGGUGACGCGCCACCAGGCGGAGGUGGCCCUCAACCAGAGGGGCGUGGAGGGGGACUUCCUCAUCCGGGACAGCGAGUCCUCGCCAAACGACUUCUCCAUCUCCCUGAAGGCGCAGAGUAAGAACAAGCAUUUCAAAGUGCAGCUGAAGGAAAGCCUUUACUGCAUCGGACAGCGCAAGUUCAACUCCAUGGAGGAGCUGGUGGAACACUACAAAAAGGCCCCCAUCUUCACCAGUGAGCAGGGAGACAAACUGUACCUGGUCAAGGCUCUGGCUGCCUCCUGAUCCCUCUGACACACACACACACACCUAUACAUUAACUGCAUCCCUAUAUAAAUACACACAGAUACUUACGCCAGAACACAAACUAACAUUUAAACUCCGAGCCUGAGGACUUCAACACAUCAUCGGGACUUAAAUGCCCGAUUUGUGUGCAUUCCAAGAGGAGGUAUGGAACGAGGAUGGGAGACACGCAGGAAUGGAGGGGGAGACAAAGAGACGAUGGACUCCUGAGAGUUGACGACAGACUUCUUGUUCGCCUAUUUUAAAUUAUCCAGAUGUUAGGUCAUAGGCAAUGCCAUUUAUUUCCACCUUGAUAUCUAUUAGAGUUGCCUUUUUAGUUUCCUUUUUUGUUGUUGUUAAUAUAUAAUCUAAACGGUUUCUUUUUUUUAAUUUUUAAAUGUGACUUUUAACUGUAUCCAAUUCACAACAACCCCCCGUAUGAGGCAUCUUUCAGAUGUUCGCCAACUCGCCUACAGAGGUCGACAUUUCAACUCGUUCAUGUUGUCCGUCUUCAUCUUUCCUCUCUGACUGUGGACACGCUAAUCCACGACUUCUGCUAACUGCUAAUCAUGAAUAAAAACUAAGUGACCAAAAUAUA